CAGAGUUGGGUUAAUGUUAUAAACAGCUGUUUUUUUUCCUCGAUUUCAAGACUCAUGGCAGAAUGCAGGGAGACUAGAACAACAUGUUGCACUCAACUCAUUCAUGGAUUUUACUGCGUGGAUAAAACUUUUAGUAGCCUAUCAUUUGUGAGUUUUUUUUUCUCCAAAGUGGCGUUUGAUGAGGUAAGGUCUCGGAAAUGCUAUAUAGUGUUAUUUCCAGUGGCAGUAGCAGCAGCAGCUUCGGGCCACACUAGUUUUGUUUUUAAUCUUUAACCUAGCAUAGUUUUGCUAUCGGUUGGGACUUUAGUCGCUGGGCUUCGCACAAGUUGUGGAACACCAUGAGGACAGAGGAGCAUCUACAGGAAGGGAUUGUUGUGCCGUGCAGGACAGGAGAGCGGGGCGGCUCAGAUCAGAAAUGAUAGAGCGUCUCCUUGAAUGGGGCGGUGUGUUUUGAUCCACUCUGCCAUCCUGCAAGAAGUGUAGCUUACCGUCAGGGGGCAGCGGUCCGACCGGCGUGGAGGGACACGGCGGAGGGACUCCUGGCUGCCGUGCUAAAACACAAACAAGACCGCUUUGGCUUCAUGUGAGGCGACUUGGUGAGAUUAUAUUAUCGAUAAAGCCUGCUGUUCUUUGGCCGCUGGUUCGCCAACACAGGAAUAAACUUUAUGCUUCUUUAAUUUCACUGCUGUGGUCGCAUAGUGUGGGUAAAAACAUUGAGAGGGAGACAGAGUCAGAAAGUUGAGAAAUUAGCUGUGACUUUACGGCCACUCGAGAGUAGCGCUGCUCACGCGCGCCUGCGCAAUUACGCACGUACACACACACACGCGCUCCCUUUUGUUGUGAAGUUCACUCUCCGUUGAAAGUCUGACAUUUUAAUUCCCGUUAUUGUCUAAACAAGUACAGUUUGAGUGAAUGUGGGAGGAUGGUGGAGAGCCGGAGUUGUGUCCAGAGGGAGGGGGUAUACCGCUGGUUCUCCUCCCUCACGUCAGCCCAGAGAAUCGAGUUCCUGUGCGGCCUUCUGGACCUCUGCGUCCCCAUCGAGCUCCGCUUCCUCGGCUCCUGCCUGGAGGACUUGGCCCGCAAGGACUAUCACUCCCUCCGGGAUGCGGAGAUCAAAGCCAACAACCCCGCCGACCUAUCUGGCCUCACCAACAUCACGGACGAGGUGGUGCGCAGCAAGCUGCUGGUGUCCCUCGCCCUGCUCGGCUCGGACAACAGGGAGGCGGCGGUGGUCCUGUACCGGACCCUGACUCACAUAGACACGGUGAUCAACAACUACGGCUUGGCGCUGAACGACGGGAGGACCGAGGAGCAGUUUCUUUUACUAUUCACCAUGGCCUCUCACCACCCGGCCUUUAGCUUCCACCAGAAGCAGGCGCUGAGGCAGCAGCUGAGCCAGAUCCACGACAUCCUGCAGGUGAGAAGGGGAGGAGGAGGAGAGGCCCAAGCCGCGGGCCCUGGCGGGGGUCGAUCUGCCGCAUGUUAUGCUCAGCCACAUCACCACUAUCACCAUCAGAGCGUGUCGCUGCCUCUGGCCUCGCUGCCCCCCGCAGCCUGCUCCCCACCUGAUGCCAGCGCUGCCUACCUGCCUCUGUCUGCCUGCCAACCCUGCCACACACACUGCACCUGCUGGCACAAGAGCCGGACCAAAGAGGCCGGAGCAGGCUCAGGGUUCACCAUGGGACGACGAGACCAAGCUGUCAGCCAGGCGCUUCCCCCUCCUCAGCCGGACCUCCCUCCUCCUCCCCCUCCCACCCCUCCACCACCGCCACCUCCUCUACCUGCUGGACAGGGUCAGGACGCAGCAGAACCGACCAAUAACCACCAGGGGAAAGCAGGAAAAGUGGUGAUUGAGAAGGUGGUGCUGAGAGGAGUGACACACACGUCUGAAGACACUAGUGAAUAUGUGUUCGAGGCCAGCUGGUCAGAUGGGUUUGUGUCAUCCGUUGUCAGAACUCGGCAGGAGGUGACAGAGCUGCUGAGCCAGCUGUCACAAGCAUUUCCUGAUGACGGAGUGGAGAAAUUCCUCCCGCAGUCCAUAGAGCUGGACGCCAGGUGUCUGACAGCGCUGCCAUGUCCUGUCCUCCAGCACCACAACGUCCAGCUGUUCUUCACCUCCACCAGGCCUCUCUCACCCAACUGUCCUGCCUCCCUCGCCUCCCCUCUUCCUCCAUUACCCUCCUCCCUUCCUACGGCUCCUGUAGCCCCAACCUGCCCGUUCACCUCCAGCUCUAGUCUUGGCUGUAUGGUUCAGUACAGAGGAGCCAACAGGGCGGUGUACAGAGUGGCCAGCGUCCAGCCCGUCGUCAGCACCCACAGCUCUGUCAUGACUCGCCCCUUUCCUCACCUCUCCUCCCUCCCUCCUCCCCUUCCUCCCUCCAUUCCUCCUCCGCAGCACUCCCCCCAGCUGUCCUCCCUCCCUCCCCCUGUGCCAGCCCUACCCACCCAGUGCUCCAUGGCUGGUGGAGGGGAUCCCUCCUCCCAGCCACAUACCCAACACACUCAGUCCCACUCAUACUCCCAGCACCACCUACAUCCACAAAGCAGCAGUCAGUCCCUGCACCUGUCCCUUUCCCAUCCAACGUCCCACUCACAUUCCCAGUCCCUUUCCUACCCUCAGUCCCAUUGCGUGUCUCAUUCCCAGUCCCAUACACAGGCACCAUCCCAGUGCCAGCCCAAUACUCCGGAGCAGAACGGCAUCCUGGACUGGCUCCGCAGGCUUCGGCUCCAUAAGUAUUACCCCGUCUUCAAACAGCUCACCAUGGAGGAGUUUUUAGCUCUGACAGAGGAGGACCUGGACAAGUAUGACCUGACCCAAGGAGCAAAGAAGAAACUCAAGACUCAACUAGAGCUACAAAAGACUCAACUAGAGAUACAAAAGAUGAACCACAAGAUGCCUCAGACCUCUCUGCCUGUGUGUGUCCCAUGCAGGGAGAUGAAGAUGGAGAAGCGACCCUGCAGCGGCAUCGCCAGGGUGACGCCAUCUAGUCACAUGGGACCCUCAACACAUCCCACCUCCACUGCAGGAGAGCUGCGAGUGGAGGUGGACGCUGUGCUGCACCAUCACCCCGUCUCCACAGACAGCAGCUCGUCCUCCGGAUACUCCAGCUCUUCCUGCUCGCCCCGAACACCACUCUGCUGUGACUCUGCCUUCGACAGGACCAGAGACAUUCACAGGCAUGUGUCAGCUCUGGACGCAGUGGGAGGGGGUUCAGAGAAGGACCGGUCCUGUCUCUUCAUCCUGAACUCCAGCUGCCCCGCAGGCUCCGCUCGCCCCACAGCCCAGGUCCUACCUGUUCAAACCGAUCCAGCUCCUCCUCCUCACCCUCCCUCCUGCUCCUCCCACCUCCCCAUAGGCCUCCCGCAGUCUCCCUACCACCCACAGUUCAGUUACCCCCAGACCCUGCUGUCCCCAGUCUCAAACCCAGCACGCAUCCUGACUUCCCCUCGUAAGCCCAGGCCCCCUCCGCUGUGCACAGACGACAGGACCAAGCCGCUGGGCUCGGGCCUGCCCGUAGCCGCGGCAGGCUUCAGCCCAGGGCUCAGUGUGGGAUUGGGGGUGGGGGUGGGGCUGAGGCUGGAGAACCUGUUCCCUGGGAUGAACAGGGAUAGCUCUUCCACGAUCCAGGACUCGCUGGUUUGCCGUGGCGUGGCGGCGGGUGGCGUGGCGGCGGGUGCCGUGGGUCUGAUGGUGGAAACCAGUUCUGCUCUGACCUCCACCUCCAACAGCCUCCACCAUGUCUCCCACCCCCCUCUGCACUUCCACCUAUCGUCCUCCUCAUCCCCUUCUCCAUCUGGAUACUACUCCUACCCGCCUACAUCUUUCUCCUCGCCCUGUCCCUCCACAAAGUCUGGCAGCUCCAGUAGUGGUGGUGGCUUUGUUCCCAUGGCAACCGCGAGCAGUGUUCCUGUGGCUGCUGUGCCCUGCAACACUUACUACCCGACCCAGCCUACCUCUAGCCCCUCCCCUUCCCCCUCCUCUGCCUCUUCAUUGGAUCAGAGUCCGGGUCACACCCCCUCCAUGUGUGUUUGCAGCUUCUGUGGUUGUCGAGGGAACUGUGGUGCCUACGGGACGUUGCCUGGAUACACAGCGGCCGGCUACCUGCAGCCAUUCUCGGCCGGCCCGUCACUCUUCACCCUGGGUCCUCUGCUCCACCUCAGCCCCCUGCUAGCCUCAUCCAGCGCCACCGGCGCCACGCCCUUCUCCUACCCAAUGAUGGUGCCGCCGCCCCUCUACCGCCACAGCGCUCUGUCACCUGACCAGCAGCAUGGCUUUGCCAUCUACCAGCCCCAUGGCAUUGUGGGAAAAGGAAGCCAGAAACGGGCAGCAGGGAACGUGUCGUGCUAUAACUGCGGCGCCAGCGGACACAGAGCAGAAGAAUGCAAACAGCCGGCCAUGGAUUCAGCACAGCAAGGGACAUUUCGACUGAAGUACACUCCUCAUUCUGACAGUAAGGACUCAGGGGACUAACCAGCAGAAACACCAGUGGAUUUCAGAUGUCAUACUCCUGACACACCUGUACCUCAUGUUCCCGCUGAAGCUAGUGGGCAGCAGCCACAGACUGCCUGCCUCUGAGUAGCCUGUCCAAACGACUGUUGAUCUGAAAGCACAGACCCAUUGUGUAUUUUGUAAUUCUUUUACAGCAGCUUACAGAGAGAUGAGAGGACAGAAAAGACACAGAUUGGCGAGAAGAGGAGAGGAGAGGAGAGGAGAGGAGAGGAGCGGCUGUCACAGUCUGUGUCGUCAGAUUAGCUUUAAUCCUUCCUCGGUUCUGGAGAUAUGUAAACUCUGGCUCGCUUCAUUUCAGAGAUGUAGCUAGAACUCUGCCUGUCAUGUCAUGUUACCUAGUAUGGUGCAGGUCAAACAGAGAGUCGUCAAAUCUGCUUCCCAGCUAAAUGACUCAGCAUUCAUAGUCUUCUAGAUGGCUCACAAACCAAAGACACAGCACUCCAGAAUCCUCAUAACAUCCUGGGCACUUGGUCAAGUGCAUUUCUACUUUUCUGAAAUCAUGCCUUUAUUGUGACAGACUAGAUCCCUUGGAUAUAUGCCCAGCACCCGUGUUAUCUUCCCUUUGACUGGAUCUGCUGGUAUAAAACUUCUCAUACUGUACUAUUCAAAGCCUUGAUACUUUAUAAAAAAGCAGCUCUUUUGUACAGUAUGUCUUGUGAUCAGGUUUGGCUCACUGUUCUCAAUGUGCUGUACAGUAUAGCCCAGUUACUGUAGUUCAGAGCUGUGUUCCAGUUUAUGCUACAUACUAAUUAUAAGUAUACAUUGUAUACUAAUGUUUAUAGUAUAUGGGGUUUGCAGCUAGAAAUCAACAAACCUUUUGUUUUAUACCAACAGGAAAUUAUGCAAUACAUGCAUUGGGCAAAGGCAAUCAAAAUCCGAAUUUAUAACGCAACUGCUUAUAAGAGAAUAGUUGGAGAAUAGUGUCCAUCAUUAGCGUUUUUAGUAUGCAUAUUGACUGCUACAUACUCAAAACCUGCUUAAAAUGAAUGUGCAAGAAUUUGGGACACAGAUAAGAAAGUUUAAACUAUAUCACCUUCUUGCUCAUCCUCCUUGAAGAGGAGCAAAAGGGGGGUGGAUUGUAGGGGGGGAAAGUUACCUUAAAGGUAAUCUGUGGUAUUUUUUUUUUUUACCACUUGUAGCACUAUGCAGUAAUGUCAUCCGAUGUUCAAAGUGAAUAAAACAGCUUAUGCCAGCCUAGAGUUAGAGUUCCACAACUAACGUUACACAUAUCCUAUACAAGUCCAGUUUUGUAUGUACAAUUUAUGUCCCCUUCAAUAAUUGCUCUGCGUCUGUUAGAUGAAAUGUAUGCCCAUGACCAAGGAUUACAGUACAAGUUUCAAUCCAACAUACGAUGGCUAUGAGUCAAGAAAUGUGGGCAUGGAGUAUCUAACCCCUGUGCUGGGACACAGCGUAAACCUCAUCAUUGAAGCGUGUGUGGACAGGUGACACUUUGAAACUGGAAUCCCUCUUCAGCAGCUGAGGGAUCACAGAGGGAUACUGCACCAGCCACCUUCUUUUUCCAUGAAAGCCCUUCCCCUUAGGGGUGAUCUGCAGUACAGCCUCUCUAUCUCUGAGCCAACCUGAGAGCAAAGUGGCCUCCAGUGCCAAAUACUGCUCCUCUAUACCAAGACAAUCAGAAUGCACACUGAAUAUUUUCAGAAACUUUGUCUUUGUAUCUUUAGUUCACACACCAGUGUUCAUUUCAAAAGUGCCAAUUUGUUUUCAGUUCAGUUUGAUGAUGUUUGAUUUUUUCAAGGUGUUGUAAUGUAAUGUUGAGCGGCCUGGACGUUAAUCCUAAAGUUGUUCUCACUCCAGGAGAGAUGGAGCUGACUGUUUUUGUAAUUAAUAAGCACAUGCUUUAUGCAAAUGACAAUUUAGGAAUGCUUAAAUUGGAAAGAGUCUAAGUAAGUUGGAAUAUGUUUCACAGUGUAUUCAAGUGUCUGACUGUGAGUGAGUUGCUGGGCAGGACCCAGAGUUCUACAGACACGAGGACAGCUGGUCCUUCAGAUGAAACUCUAUCUGUACCCCUGGAGGGCACAGCACCCAUUUCAAAAUAGUAAAUACUGAACAUUCAGUAUGUGUAACAACUUCUGUCUGUUGUUUAAAAUAAGACAAUGUUUUUUUGUUUUUUUAUUGUAGAAUAAAUGUCUUUGGAGCAUCGCCUUUUCACAGAAAUAAGAGGCUUACAAUCAACCAGCCAGCCUUCGAUUGUGCAGGUUCAUUGUUCAUUUACAUUUCUGUAACGGCGCAACUGUCUUUAUGAACAUGGCCGUAUAAAAACACUUAUCACAAUACAAGAAAAAAAUGCCUCCAUAGAUACCAAAGAGUGCCUUCUUUUGAGGUUCGUAGGCCUCAUUUCCACUGUGUGGUUCAGUUAACAGCUACGGAAGAGGAUUAAUUAUUAUAUUAAAAAAAUAUAUAUUUGAGUUCUGAGUUUAAAGUCAGAAUUUUUUUUUACUUUAAAGAAUUCUGACUUUUAUCUGAGAAUUUUGACUUUUUUCUCAGAAUUCUGACUUUAAACUAGGGAUGGCCCGAUACCAUUUUUUGCUUCCCGAUACCGAUUCUGAUACCUGAACU